AUUGUGUUUGUGUGUGCGUGUGUGCGUGUGUGUGUUGUUUCUCUUCCAGAAAGCAAACCCGGCUUUUUCUGGCGGAUGCCACGCGCAAAGAACGGAGGUGGGAGGCGGAGGAUAUAGGGAGGAACAGUAUUACAUGGAAAUUGGAGUCCAGGUGGCUUCUGGGAUACAUUUUUCUUUUUCUUGUCUGCUAAUUUUUCUCCCACAUACUUUCUUGUUUUCUCUUACCCAUAUUUUUGUUCUGUUUGUCCAUCAGGAACAACUUACCUACCUUACCUACCCUCCUGCAUUUAUGUGUGUAUAUUUUUUCUUCCACUCUUCGUCCUCUUCCUCGUCCUCUUCUCUCGGCUUUGUCCUCGUCUUCGUCUUCAUAAUGCCUCCCCUCUCGUGGUGGGAUUCUCGAGAUUCCCAUCAUCAGCAUCAGCAUCAUACCAAUGCCUGCCUGCCUGCCUGCCUGCCUGCAAGGGUAAAUCUAACCUAACCUAACCUAAUUUAUUAUAUCGCAUAACAGAGCAUUGCGUGGUUUAUUCGGUGUAGGUUCGUUUGUAUUGUUCGUGAGUGGUGAGAUACGGAAG